AUGAGAAAGAUUCCAGAUAAUAUAGUGCCAACAAGCGGAUAUCAACUUCAUAUCAUAAGUACUGGAAGUCUAGUUUUUCAUAAAACUUUUUACAAUAUUCGAAUUGACGGGAAGAACUCAUCACUAUUUAUACAAACAGACAGACCAGUUUACAGACCCGGUGACAAAGUCCAGUUUAGAGUAUUUGGACUGAAACCUUCACUUAAAGUAGUCGAACAUCCAUUAGACGUUGUAAUUUUUGAUACUUUGGGUAAUCGUGUAAAGCAAUAUUUGAAAGUAACUGACGAUUUUGGAGUUUUUGGUGGUUUUUUGCAACUAUCAUCUGUAACGAAACUUGGUGAUUGGCAGAUACAAGUAUCACAGGCUGGAUCAAAAGAAACAAAAAAGUUUGCUGUUGAAGAGUACGAGUUACCAAAGUUUGAAGUAAAAGUUUCACUACUUGAUGUACCUAUAAAGGAAGACAAUGACUUCGUCAUAAGAGUAACAGCAAUAUACACGUUUGGAAAACCUGUUGAAGGUAUCGCUGUUAUAAAAAUCAAAAGCACUAGUAGCUGGGUACAAGAUAUCUAUCUGGAACGAAAUAUCAAGAUACAUGGAAAGGUCGACAUAAGGAUUUCUACAUGGGAUUUAUAUCCUCAGUUUGGAGAAUAUUUCAGAAUAUUUGCCACAGUAAACGAGACAGUAACUGGAAAAGAGGCUAACGAUACUGAAGAUUUCCAAUUCCAAACCAAUCCAUGGAAGGCAACAUUUUCUCCUGGUAUCCCUCCAACUUUCAAACCUGGAUUAUCAUAUACCAUUAUAGUCAAGAUAGGAAAUGCUGACGGCAGCCGGAUAAGACAGUCCAAGGAAAAAGCAAAACUAAUCAUAAGUUAUGAAUACUCAAUCAAAGUGAAUAAAAGAACUAAGACGGAAAGAAAAGUUUUUUUCAAUAAAGAUGUUUCAAUCAAGAAGAAUGGAGUUGUUAUACAGCAGGUUUCUUUUCCAGUUAUUGCAAAUCGUGGCAGAAUUUAUGUUGUAUACAAAAAGAAAUAUCUGACAACAAAGUAUGUCUCAAAGGCUACUUCACCGAGUAAUAACUAUCUACAGAUAAAAACAACAAGUGGAGGUACUGUUCAGCCUGGAAGUAAUCUACAUAUUGUUAUACAAGUUACAGAGAGAAUACAUUAUUGUAAUUACCAGAUAUUUGCAAAAGGAUCUCUUGUGGACAGUGGACUUUUCAAAAUGAAGAUGAGGUAUUCAAGAAAACACAAGGUUUCUAUAACAUAUGAUAUGACACCGACGGCUAAGAUGAUCGUGUAUUACGUCAGAGCAGACGGCGAAAUAGUUGCAGAUGCCGUUACAUUUUCCGUACAGGACGUAUUAAAAAACAAGGUUACGUUAAAGUUUGACAAGAACAUGGCUGAACCUGCUGAUCGAGUUGUUCUACGUGUUACUGCAGACCCUGGGUCGUUAGUAAACGUUCUUGCGGUUGACAAAAGUAUUUUAUUAUUGAGAUCAGCGAACGACAUUACUGCAGCAGACGUGCUGUCGGAAUUAAAGGAGUAUGAUUAUACCUACUCGCCAUCGCUCAGUAAUUGGGAAACCCUGACAACAAUACCAGAUAAUGGACGAGAUUCAAAUGCAGUGUUUUCUAAUAGCGGAAUGUAUGUUUUAACAGAUUGUAACCUAGUAGGAUCACCACCACAAAGAUCUCGAAUAACAGCUCCUCCAAGGCGAUUUGGACGACGCACAACAACACAAAGUGGUACAACUUUUGCUAUGAUGACCCAAACAAGGACCACAGUUGUAAUGUUGGAAACAACAAACCCAUCGGCCUCAGAUGACUCAUCAACUCCUUCAUUAACGGAACCUCAACGCAAAAGAUCAAAGUUCCCAGAGACAUGGUUAUGGCUGAAUACCACAACGAGUGAAAAUGGUCAUGCAUCAAUUGAGACGAUUGUUCCUGAUACUAUUACACAGUGGAUAACAUCAUCGUUUGCAGUUAACAAAAAGACUGGUUUUGGGGUCUCAGCGAAUGCAAAUAUCACAACAUUUCAAAGAUUCUUUAUUCGACUAGAAUUGCCGUAUUCUGUUAUUCGAGGAGAAAUUUUAAUUCUUCAGACAACAGUAUUCAAUUACAUGGAAGAAGAUCUUAACGUUCACGUCAGCCUGAGUAAAAAUGAAAAUAUAAGUUUUGCGGAUAAUGACGGAAACCCUAUUUUCUUCCCUGGAAAAGAUUGGACGAAGACAGUUUUAGUUCCGAAGGACACGGUUAGAUCCGUUUAUUUCCCAAUUAUCCCAGUACGAAUAGGGACAUCAUUAAUUGAUGUUACAGCUAGAACAAUAACAGUUGCUGAUGCAGUUCAAAGACAACUUUUAGUGAAGCCAGAGGGUAUAAAACAGAAUUACAAUAUACCUAUACCCAUAGAUUUAAGUAAUGAGAGAUACUAUUCGACAGGAGUGGACGUGACAUUCCCUCCAAACGUUAUCAAUGAUUCUCAGUUUAUCAAGGUAUCCGUAAUAGGUGACAUUAUUGGAAAAACGUUAUCUGGAAUAGAAGAUUUACUGCAGAUGUCAUACGGAUGUGGCGAACAAAACCUUGUCAGAUUUGUACCAAAUGUGUUUAUAUCAGCAUACCUGAAUGUAACCGGGCGACUGACUGAUGAUAUCGUUGCUAAAAUAGACAAAUUCCUUACAGCAGGAUAUCAACGUCAACUAUCAUAUGCUCGACAUGAUGGAUCCUUUAGUGCAUUUGGUCACUCUGAUAGACAAGGUUCUACAUGGUUGACCUCUUUUGUGUUAAAAUCAUUUGCACAAGCGGCAGAAUCUACUUACAUUGAUCCAGAUGUGAUUAGGAAAGCAACAUAUUUUCUUCUAAGGAGGCAAAGGUCUUCCGGGGAAUUCAAAGAGUACGGCACGGUGUACAGUAAAGCAUUACAGGGCGGAUCAGCAUCAAGCUCUGCGAGUUUAACAGCAUAUGUCAUUAUUGCAUUCGAAGAGGGAAAAAGUCAAAAUCAGAUACCUAGUCAUAUGGUGAAUGAAGUAAAUUCAUCUAUACGCAGGGGAACUCUUCAUAUUACGAAGUCUUUAGAGCAACACCAAAAUGUUUCUUCAAGUUAUCUAUACGAAUUGAUUAUAUGUACAUACGCUUUAACCUUAACCAAAACACCUUUGUCAGAUGCACUGCUAAAGCAAAUUGAAAUCAUGGCUAAUACAACGAGUGGCGACAAAUUCUGGCAGUUAUCUGAUAUGGAAGCAGCAUCAAUACAACCAUACAGUCACUGGAAACCACCUCACACUCAAGUCAGAGCAUUAGAUAUUGAAAUAACAUCAUAUGUAUUAUUAAUAUAUAAUUUAAAAAACGACACUGCAAAUGGAAUGAAAGUAGUGAGAUGGUUAAACAAGCAGCGAAAUCCAUUUGGCGGGUUCAUUUCUACACAGGAUACCGUUAUCACAUUACAAGCCAUAACAGGACUGGCUGAAAAGGUUUAUACACCAAAGUUUAGUGCAUCUCUGACUGUAACGGGAGAUGAAGGAAGUGUUCAUAGGUUUAAUGUUGGCAACAGUAACUCGCUUGUUCUACAGAUGGAAGAUAUGCCUAUAUCAACCCGAAAAGUGGGUGUUGAAGCAAGAGGAUUUGGUUUUACGAUGAUGGAGGUGUCUGUAUUUUUCAAUGUACCAGAGGAGCUUCGAAAACCAGCGUUUUCCUUAGAUAUAAAAAUCUUAAAUGAUUCAGUACUAGGGUUUAUGCUUCAAAUAUGCUUCAGUUGGUUAAGAGGGAAAAACAGUACAAUGGGAUAUAUUGAAAUUACCAAACCAACUGGAAUGGAAACCGACAUUGGCUCCUUGAACACAAGCAGUACAUAUGGUCUAUAUAAGAAAAAAGAAAUAACUGCAGAUCAGUUGAAUCUUUAUUUUGACUGGAUCACUAGUAAAGAAAUGUGUAUUGAUAUAAACAUAGAUAGGGUUAGUCUUGUGGCUAAGCAGAAACCCGUUCCAUGCCGGAUUUCGGAAUAUUAUGAACAAAGUAAUGAAGUGAUAAAGAUGUAUCAAUCUAAAGUAUUAUCUAGUUCGUCAAUAACGGAUGUUUGUGGAUCAACUAACUGUCAAUAAAAGAAGGAGAAUUUUAUACAGAAGAUUACUAACACACAAUACUGACAUUCUGUGCAAAUGGGUAACCUGAGAUUUUUCCAUAGAAUAUAUACCUUCCUAUUAAAUAUUAAUAAUACAAGGACUUGUUGUUAUCAAUUGUAUUAUAUAUAUAUGAUGGUUUGAUUUCAGUAAACUUUGAACUUCUUGUCUAGCGAGCCUUCCUUUAUAACAAAAUUAGCAACGCAUUGUAUGUAGAAAUGACAGUUAUGAAAAAAGUAAUAACAAAAAUACCGAAAUCCAAGGAAAAUUCAAAACGGAAAGUCCCUUAUCAAAUAGCAAAAUUAAAAGCUCAAACACAUCAAACGAAUGGAAAACAACUGUCAUAUUCCUGACUUAAUGCAGGCAUUUCCUUAUGUAGAAAAUGGUGGCUUAAACCUGGUUUUAUAGCUAGCUAAACCUCUUGCUUGUAUGACAGUUGCAUAAAAUUCCAUUAUAUUGACAACAAUGUGUGAACAAAACAAACAGACAUAAAAGGUAAAAAUAUUAAAAAUAAGGGUACAGCGGUCAACAUUGUGUUAUAACCUUAAUCACUAUAAAAACGAACAAAUAUGUCAACAAAGAAAAACAAAAUGGCAUAUAUACAACGCAAAAUGUGCGUUAAAGGUCCUUUAAUUUGAAAAAAAAAUGCCUCAGUACUAACUAUGUUAUUAUAA